AUGGGCAAAAAAGGUGGGCAGUCGCGUAAUGCUAAGCAAGCUAUUACAAAUCAACCAAAGCCCAGCACUCAGGAUGAUAAUGUAGAAGAAAAGAUGGCUUCUACUACUGAUGGAGAGCUUCCUGGCACGUCGACCUUAGUGAGUCACAAAUUCGCCGAUCUAUCUAUCUCCGAGUUAAUCAAGAAAGGUAUAAGCGACAUGGGGCUUACUGAUAUGACCGAAAUUCAAUGGAAAUGUAUACCUUACCUACUCGAGUGCCGGGAUGUGAUGGCUUCAGCCAAAACUGGAAGUGGCAAAACUCUGGCUUUUCUUAUUCCUACAGUGGAACUAAUUUUGAAACUCGGCAUGCAAAGCAGAAAUGGCACGGGCGCUAUUAUAAUCUCUCCCACUCGCGAGCUUAGUCUGCAGACCUACAGCGUUUUGAAAGAGCUUACUGCUCAUACCCAAAUACGUAUAGGUUUAAUCAUGGGAGGAAGCAAUCGCCAAGCUGAAGCGCAGAAUCUUCAGAAAGGUGUUACUAUUCUUGUAGCAACCCCUGGCAGGCUCCUCGAUCAUCUUCACAAUACCGAACACUUUCUCAGGCAUAACUUGAAAGUGCUCGUUAUUGAUGAGGCCGACAGAUUAUUGGACAUCGGCUUUGAAUUGGAAAUGGAACAAAUUAUUCGCCUUUUGCCAAAAGACCGUCAAUCAAUCUUUUUCUCAGCCACACUAAAUGAAAAGACUCACAAAUUAGCCAAAACAGCCCUUAAAACCAAUUGUGUAAUGGUUGGAGUUGAGGAGAAAGAAGAUGCCACCGUUGAAACUCUAGAACAAGGUUAUGUUGUCUGUAAUCCCUCUUCAAAAUUCUCUCUUCUUUACACUUUUCUCAAACGAAAUAAAGCAAGAAAGAUCAUGGUAUUCAUGUCAUCUUGUAUGGAGGUUAAGUUCUACUAUGAGUUGCUAAACUACAUUGAUAUGAAAGUGAUGGCGAUUCACGGACGUCAAAAACAAGCCAAACGAACAAGUACUUUCCUUAGUUUCGUCAAAGCUCAAAGCGCAAUCCUCCUUUGUACUGAUGUUGGCGCUCGUGGUCUGGAUAUUCCUGAAGUAGAGAGUUAA